AUGGGUUUUAACUCUAAGGGCAUCUCAAAACGCACCACUUUCAAUGACUGGUUCAUACCACGAAGUGGACUCGAGCGUGCUGGCAUUCAAGCUGGCAGCAUAUGGGAGUUCAAGGAGGGCAUGGGCAAGGCAGCGCCGCGGCUGCUGGAGACGGUGAUGAAGGUGGAUGUGGUGACGCCCGAGGACCACAGUAGUGACGUCAUUGGCGACCUCAACUCUCGUCGUGGCCAGGUCAACAGCUUCGGAGACAAGCUGGGUGGCAUGAAGUGUCGGACUGAGCAGUUGCCGCAACUGCUGGAGCCAGUGAUAAAGGUGGAGGUGGUCAUGCCUGAAGACCACAUGGGUGACAACAUUGGUGACCUCAUAUCGCGCCGCAGGCAGAUCAACUCCUUUGGAGACAAGCCCGGUGGCAUGAAGGUGGUUGACGCGUUGGUGCCGCUGUCAGAGAUGUUCAACUAUGUGUCCAACCUGCGCGGCAUGACCAAGGGGCACGGUGACCCACAACAAUCUCUUCUUCCCCCCUCUUCCCGCUUAUCUACUUUCAUUUUGCUUUUCCGAUGCUACCAGGUGGUUGACGCGCUAGUGCCACUGUCGGAGAUGUUCAACUAUGUGUCCAACCUGCGUGGCAUGACCAAGGGGCGAGCCAACUACAACAUGCAGCUCACACAGUUUGACAUCGUCCCCACCAACAUUUAG